GUUCUUGGGAUCGCUGUGUGAGAUCACUGAAUCUGCAGCGGUGGCGACGGCGGCAGCGGCAGCAGCAGAAACAACAACAACACCACCACCACCACCUCCGUCCAGGACAGGACAGCCUGCUGGUUUGGUAGGAGGAAGGGGUUCCUUUCGAAGCUCAUGUACGCUGCUGCGUAAGAUUAUUCGGAGCGGAGCUAGGCUUCCCGUUCACUAGCGGCUUUUGAAGUCGGCGCGGGUCCCUCAGCUGACUUUUUGCGAAGAUUUACUUGUUCCACAGCCAUGCCAAGGCAGAGUAUAUUGGAAGUAAACGUGCAGGAUGUCCAGAAGAGGAGAAACCCGAACAAGCAUUAUGUAUACAUCAUUAAGGUCACUUGGUCAGAUGGAACCACCCAGGUCAUAUACAGACGUUACAGCAAGUUCUUUAACCUCCAGAUGGAGCUUCUGGAUAAGUUUCCCGUGGAAGGAGGCCAAAAGGACCCAAAACAGAGGAUUAUACCAUUUCUCCCUGGUAAAAUCCUUUUCAGACGAAGUCAUAUUCGAGAUGUUGCAAUGAAGAGGUUAAGGCCAAUUGAUGAAUACUGUGCGGCUCUUAUUCGAUUACCAACAUAUAUCUCCCAGUGUGAAGAAGUCCUUUGUUUUUUUGAGACCAGACCUGAAGACCUCAACCCACCGAAAGAUGAACCAAUUGGAAAAAAGAAGUCUGGGUUUGUCCAGAGAGCGUCAUCUUUCCUAAAGAGAGUUGGUGAUUUCACAUCUGCAGACCCUCUUCUUUUAGAUCAGUAUGUUGCUGUGACAGACUAUGAGAAGCAGGAGAGUUCAGAGAUUAGUCUUUUUGUUGGCCAAGUUGUGGAAGUAAUAGAAAAGAAUGAAUCAGGUUGGUGGUUUGUGAGCUCUGAUGAUGAACAAGGCUGGGUCCCAGCUACCUGUCUUGAGGCUCAGGAUGACCCAGAUGACUUUUCAAUGCCAGCUGAUGAAGUUCCUCGGAAAUACUGGUCUUUUCCAAGGCAUGUGGGUCGGCGCAGAACUCUUGGAGAUCUUUUCGCCACAGGCUGUGGCCAAGAUGAGAAAUAUACAGUUGUCUACCCCUACACAGCCAGAGAUAAAGAUGAGAUUAAUUUGGUCAAGGGAGCAACAGUCGAAGUUAUACAGAAGAACCUAGAAGGCUGGUGGAAAAUCAGGUACCAAGGCCAGGAGGGCUGGGCCCCAGCCUCAUACCUAAAGAAAACUGACAUCCUGUCUCAAAAGCUGGCUUCAGGAUCAUCUGCUCACGCGAGCUCUAAUGAUCUUGAGGGCUUCUUUAAACAAAGUGGUGCUUGCAAAGAUGGAAGAGAGAAAGAGGGAACAGACAACCAGAAAGAUGUCAAAUCUUCAUUUUUUGAUACAAAACACAAGUCCCCUGAUGCUAGGCAGCGGCCCCCACCUCGACGGGACCUUACAAUACCACGUGGCCUCAAUCUACCUAAGCCUCCUACACCCCCACAAGUUGAAGAAGAGUAUUACACAAUCGCAGAUUUCCAGACAACCAUUCCUGAUGGCAUCAGCUUUCAAGCAGGUGUAAAGGUGGAGGUUAUAGAAAAGAAUUCCAGUGGUUGGUGGUAUAUACAGAUUGAUGACAAGGAAGGCUGGGCUCCUAUUACCUUCAUAGAUAAGUACAAGAAAACUAGCAAUGCAUCUAGGCCAGCAUUUCUGGCUCCACUUCCAAAUGAAAUGAACCAAUUAAGAAUCGAUGACAGAGCACCAGAAGAUGUUACCAAGCAUUCUAGAGCUCUUCCUGAUGAGCCUUCCACAAGUGGUGAAUCUAUGGCUAAACCAAAACUUAAAGACUGGAAGUGUAAAGAGCUAAGUAAACCUAGCUGUCCAGAUAAUAAGGUGUUAUCCAGUGCAUUUCCAGGAAGUUCAACCAAUGGGACAUAUUUUACAGAGGAGGAAAAACCUGCACUUCCACCACGAAAAGAGUCCAUCAAUAAAAGUCUAGACACAGACAUCAAUGAAAAGCAAAGAUCUGAACCUUCACGAGCACCACCAUGCAAGCCUCCAGCUCCAGGGUCAGUUUUGCCCAUGAUGCCACCAAAGCCAGUUGCUUUUAAAGGAGACAGAUUGGCAGAACAGAGAAAAGAUGACAAGAAUAAAAUGUUACACCUGAAAAAUGAAAUGGGAAUUGAAUGCGGACAUAAGGUUUCUGCCAAAGAAGUGAAAAAGUUGAAUCUGAAGCCUGUGACAAAAUCUGGAAAAGUCAAAGUUGACUCCUUAGAGGAAAAGACAGAGGCAGCAAAUCAGAUGCCUUUUGUGAAGCCUAAACCACAGGUCAGGCCCAAACCUCUCCCUGCCCCUCGACUUGAAACUAGCAGUGACGAUAAGGUUGAUAUCACUAACCUACGGAGCAGACUGCGGCCUGCUAGACCAUGUGACAAGGGCUCUGAACAGGAUGUGACACAGUUUUCUGAUGCAGCAAUUGAUGUUCCUGCAGCCACAAAAGCUAAUGAUGAUCCCAAGACUAAUCCUAAGCAGCAAAACGGUCAUGGCCUCAGUGAAAACGUUAAAGGCAUCAAGUCGUCUUCAGAAUUCUCAGGAAAUGAGCCAGAAAGUGAGAAAAGCUUAGUUUCAAAAGAGGCCCCUCAGCGGCCAACUGUGCCCCCUCGAAGACCCCCACCACCAAAAAAAACAACAGCGCCAUCAAGUCCGACAGAAUCCAAAGUGCCAUCUAAGGAGUCAGCAGAUGUGAAAGUGGCUGGCCCACUACUCCGACCUCCUCCCUCCAAGCCCAAAGCUCUUUUGCCUCCUCCAUUGAAAGAUGAAAUAAAAUUGAAAGGAGCACCUGUCCCAAAGGUGGGUAGCAAAAUUGGAGAGAAGAUGGAGCCACCUAAAGAGAAACCUCCUCCUCUUUUAAAAGGAGACAAUGCCCAACAAAAGGAUGGAGUUUAUGUGGCAGUGGCAGAUUUUGAAGGAGAUGAGCAGACCUCCAGCUUUAAAGAAGGAACAGAGUUUGAUGUUCUAGAAAAGAACGUCAGUGGCUGGUGGUUUUGUAAAGCAGUGGCGGGUGGGUCAAUAUGUGAAGGCUGGAUCCCUUCUAAUUAUUUGACAAAGAAAUAAUAAUAAUGAAACACUUGAGUUUUUCACAAUAUUUAAUUUUUGAUUUUUCUUAUUUAUAGCUGGUACCUUUUUAAUAUCAGUAUUUCAUUGCAUUCCAUUUGAAUUAAAAGAAAGUGGAAUAAAUUGUUUAAUGGGAGCUUGAACAAUGCAUUUUUCAGUCAGGGAAAUGUGUCCACUAAAUCAGUCAUUUCUGGCCAAACAAUAAGCAUUGAAAUGUCUCUCAGUGAAAAUGUCACUUGUUUUACAUUUUACAUGCUUUUUAUCAUAACCUCUACACUUGCAAACUGAUAAACAUUAUAACUUAACAGCAUUUUUAACCUUACUAUAUUGCUUAAGCGUAAUGCAAAUUUGCAUUAAGUUAGAAUGUAUCCAAAUAAUCAAUGUUAGCCUUAAAAAUAUGUAGCAGAACAAUUCAGAAAUCCACAGGGAUGUUGUGUGGCAAUGGAGUGAGACGCAAUUUCCAACAAAUUUGCCAAAUUAACCUGAUUACCUCAGAUACUGAUCUCAUUUACUUGAUAUACAACCUUUCUAACCUGAACAUCAUCCCAGACUAAGUUACUUCAUUUCACCUGUCUGUAGACUCUUCUAGAAAUGCAAUAAAUGCAUCUGAAGUGGCUUUGUACAGGUCACACAGAGGUCAUGCUGAAAGUGUUUUGAAAUGACACUCCAAUGCUUUAGCCAUUAGGCCAUGUUGCUCACUUCCACAAAUAUCACGUUGUAUUUUUAAAUUCAUUACCUAUAGUAUGUUUCCAUUUUUAUUCCUAUUACGGCAACAUUAUUUUCCACCAUUUUCUUUUACUUAGUUACUGUAGUUCUUCCAGUUGGGGAAAACCUUCUUUGUCCAAUGGAAAAGCCCUACAGGCAUUCUGACUAAUGGAUAUGUUUUACAUUUUUUUUAAUAAUGUAUAUACUUUUUUAGAUUUUGUAGUAAAGUGUUAAAGUACAUUGCAUAUUUACAUUUUUCUUUUUUGUACAAUGGGAUUGAUUCCUUUUAUUUACAAUAAGCACAUAUAUCAGGAAAUUUGUUUUCAUUCUCCUGUAAGUGCAAUUUUAAGCAAAGUGUCUCAAGCUUGCAGAUCCCUACAUUUCCACUGUACCAAAGUAAAAUUUCAAAUUUUGCAUAUUUGUUACAGCUGCAGCAGUUACAGUUCAUGUGGCUCAUCACAGCCUAUAAGUAAAAUUACUGAUCUAAAAUAUGACACACCUACCAAGCUGGUCAAUAAUGUCUUUUGAUUCCAGCUUUUACAGCUUACAAUAUUUCCAGCUUUCGUAACAUUUAAAAAAAAAAAAAUUGUUGGAAAACUGUAAUGUAUCCUCUCCAGCGUGCCUCCUGAUACCUUGAUGGGUGAAAUAUGAGCCUGUGAAGUGCAUCAUUACGAAAAGGUGCUUUACAGAAUGCUAGGCUAUAGAUUUGAAUAGGUCUGCUAAAAUACAGUAACGCUUGACUGGUAUCAAGCAUUAAAAAUCAGUAAAUACCUAGUGCUAAGGAGAAUUAUUUUGUCUAAUUUACCAGCUUUAUGUGUAAAGGAGAAGCAGCAGCAAUUGUGCAAAAUUGGCGAUUAUCUGUGACGUCUGGUAGAAGAGCAGCUGCCAUUAUUUUUUUUUUUAACCAGUUUCUUGUGGCAUCAAACUACAACCAAAGUCAAUUAUAAUUCAAAGGAAAAAAAUGCAUGUUUGGUCUGCUAGACUCGUAUUAAAUGUGUAAAUCACCAACAUAACAGGAUUAGCACCUGCAGCAGCUUACAGUGCAUCCAGAAAGUAUUCACAGCGCAUCACUUUUUCCACAUUUUGUUAUGUUACAGCCUUAUUCCAAAAUGGAUUAAAUUCAUUUUUUUCCUCAGAAUUCUACACACAACACCCCAUAAUGACAACGUGAAAAAAGUUUACUUGAGGUUUUUGCAAAUUUAUUAAAAAUAAAAAAACUGAGAAAUCCCAUGUACAUAAGUAUUCACAGCCUUUGCUCAAUACUUUGUCGAUGCACCUUUGGCAGCAAUUCCAGCCUCAAGUCUUUUUGAAAAUGAUGCCACAAGCUUGGCACACCUAUCCUUGGCCAGUUUCACCCAUUCCUCUUUGCAGCACCUCUCAAGCUCCAUCAGGUUGAAUGGGAAGCGUCGGUGCACAGCCAUUUUAAGAUCUCUCCAGAGAUGUUCAAUCAGAUUCAAGUCUGGGCUCUGACUGGGCCACUCAAGGACAUUCACAGAGUUGUCCUGAAGCCACUCCUUUGAUAUCUUGGCUGUGUGCUUAGGGUUGUUGUCCUGCUAAAAGAUGAACCGUCGCCCCAGUCUGAGGCCAAGAGCGCUCUGGAGCAGGUUUUCAUCCAGGAUGUCUCUGUACAUUGCUGCAGUCAUCUUUCCCUUUAUCCUGACUAGUCUCCCAGUUCCUGCCACUGAAAAACAUCCCCACAGCAUGAUGCUACCACCACCAUGAUGGUGCCAGGUUUCCUCCAAACGUGACGCCUGGCAUUCACACCAAAGAGUUCAAUCUUUGUCUCAUCAGACCAGAGAAUUUUCUUUCUCAUGGUCUGAGAGUCCUUCAGGUGCCUUUUGGCAAACUCCAGGUGGGCUGCCAUGUGCCUUUUACUAAGGAAUGGCUUCCGUCUGGCCACUCUACCAUACAGGCCUGAUUGGUGGAUUGCUGCAGAGAUGGUUGUCCUUCUGGAAGGUUCUCCUCUCUCCACAGAGGACCACUGGAACUCUGACAGAGUGAUCAUCGAGUUCUUGGUCACCUCCCUGACUAAGACCCUUCUCCCCCGAUCGCUCAGUUUAGAUGGCCGGCCAGCUCUAGGAAGAGUCCUAGUGGUUUCGAACUUCUUCCACUUACGGAUGAUGGAGGCCACUGUGCUCAUUGGGACCUUCAAAGCAGCAGAAAAUUUUCUGUAACCUUCCCCAGAUUUGUGCCUCGAGACAAUCCUGUCUCGGAGGUCUACAGACAAUUCCUUUGACUUCAUGCUUGGUUUGUGCUCUGACAUGAACUGUCAACUGUGGGACCUUAUAUAGACAGGUGUGUGCCUUUCCAAAUCAUGUCCAAUCAACUGAAUUUACCACAGGUGGACUCCAGUUAAGCUGCAGAAACAUCUCAAGGAUGAUCAGGGGAAACAGGAUGCACCUGAGCUCAAUUUUGAGCUUCAUGGCAAAGGCUGUGAAUACUUAUGUACAUGUGCUUUCUCAAUUUUUUUAUUUUUAAUAAAUUUGCAAAAAUCUCAAGUAAACUUUUUUCACGUUGUCAUUAUGGGGUGUUGUGUGUAGAAUUCUGAGGAAAAAAAUGAAUUUAAUCCAUUUUGGAAUAAGGCUGUAACAUAACAAAAUGUGGAAAAAGUGAUGCGCUGUGAAUACUUUCAGGAUGCACUGUACAUCUUUAGAAAUUUUGUUUUCAUUCUCUAUGCUCCAAAAGGCACAAUUUCAGUCUUUUCUUACUUUUUAAAUGAGAGAUGUUGCUUUACGUGACAAGACUGAAAACAAUAAUGAGCACUUACAUGUUGAAAAGCUUUUACACAAGCAACAAGUUUACUUGGAAAUAAAGGAGCAAGACAGACUAUGCUAUGCUCAGUUAUUAAGGGGUUUCAGUGAAGAGGCAGUGAGCCAUCGUUUAAGCUGAAAGUGCAUUUAAUUUUUACUUAUUAGGUCAGUAUAAUAAAACUGGAGGAGUUCCUGCUAGGCGCCUUUUACUGUCUUAAUGUGGCUCUGUAGCCUAUUCACUAUGACAUGCAGCAGUUAAAGUUUACUAUAUGGCCACCAUCCAAGUUCUGAAACCUGAAAAAAGACAUACUGAGCCGACUCAUUUUUGUUGUCUGUGCACCACAAAGUCAAGAGUUAUUUAGAGCAAAGGAAUAUGAAUAUUAGGCUAGGUCCAGUUAAAAAUAAAUAUAUAAGUGGAUUAUUCUGUGACAAACUACGUAUGAGAUUGGUCAGGAAAGACAAGGAAAUCAAAUUUUGGGUUACAGGAACAAGGCAGGAAUCAAUAAUGGAUGUGAUGCCAGCCCAUUGCAAAUGCUGAUUACAUGACAGUAAUGAUUAUUACUGCUCCUACUAUUAUUACCUCUACAGCAGUCCCAAUGUUCCAGAAUCCUGGGUUCAAAUCCUAGCCUAUUUAUUGUAAAUGUACAGUAUUUAAUAAGAAGCUAAAACUGAAACUUUGUCAACUUUUAAAAAGUAUCUGGAAGAAAUACUAGGACAAAUGAUCUAUUAUUCUGCAAAUCGAGCUUCAGGGAUCCAAUGGUUUCCUUUAGCUUGUCAAACUUUUGUUCCUGUUAUUGAGUUUGCAUAAUCUUGUGGUGCCAAAGAGGAAUUGCACUAUGCACUCUGCUUUGCCCCUUUAAGACAUGGAGCAGCAGACACCUUUAAUUUGACUUGGUGCUAGUGACAGUACUUAUGAAUGUCCCCUGUGAUGAACCACUGUCUUCUCCAGAGCGGGUUUCUGCCUUGCACCCAGUAUGGUUGGUAUAAGCUCUUAUCCCACUGCAACACCAUGUUGGUAAAGGGUAUGAACUACAUCGGUUCUUUGGGUUGCAUUGGACUAAUGCUCUAUUCAGGGCUGGCUCCUGCCUUAUGGCUGUUGCUGCCAGGGUAGACUGCAGCUCCUCUCAACCCUUAACCCUGCAGUAGAGUUCAGAAAAUGGAUGGAAUAAUAGAAAUAUUGCUAGCACUGCAAGCAUUAAAAAGUUUACAGUCAGAGAAUUUGGUAAUACAAUGUAAAAAGAAAGACAGUACCAGUGUUAUGAAUGGGAAUGUGUUGAAAAAGAUGAAGUGGGGUGAUGUGGAGCAAUAUUGACCCUGGGAAAUCAGGAAUGGAUGUGGCAUAGUUCUACAUUACAGUCAUGUCAGAUAAAUAAAGGCAAAGAAUUUAACCAUUGCAUAACUGAUUUUGCAUCAAAAUACACAAUCUGGAUUUAUUUAAUGUCACUUCCACAAUUUAAUAAUGAGACUUAACCCUCUAAUGUAUUAAAUGACAAGUAGUGAAAAGCCACUUGAAACAUAAUAAAAAACGUAAUGCUAUGCUGCUUCUUACGUACAAAUUAUGAUUAUGUUCUCAAAACAUCCAGUGCCUAAACAUUUGCCAGCAGGGUGACUACAAAAGCCAAUGAAAGAAACCAAAGUGCUGCCAUUCUCUUCUAUUCCUAGGGCAGCUUAAAUGAAAAUAAAUGCUGAACUGGAUUGUGGUUAUGAACUUACCAGACUUAACAGUGCACGCUGAAACUAGAGCUAGGUGUUUCCAUCAUGUAUGUUUAAAGUACUGUAACAUCUCUUUUAUUUUGCAAAUGUUUAUUUUAUACAAAGUGAAUAAAUAUUUCUCAUAGCACAAAAA